AUGGUAGAUCCUACUAAUACUACUGCUAAAGAUGGCGGUAGUGUAUACUCGUAUAAUUCCUAUUCAGACUCCGACCUUUCCCCUGGGAAAAAAGACGAGGAAGGGGGAUUCCAAGAUCCACAAGCGUACAGAGGACCACAUGGAGAACCAACGGCUUCUGACGGAGCUGAAUCCACCGGUGAAGGUUUUCAUGAAGGUGAUGUAAAGGCAGAGUCAGAACAAGAUGAGAAUAAGAAAGUCGGCGUUUGGAAGAAACUGAAGGACAGAAGUUACUGGACUCCUCGAAAGGAACGUAGAGGUAUCCUACCACAUCUCUCGUUGAUACCAGAGUUCAAAGAUGCAAGAGAUUACCCGCCGCAUAUCAAGAAGUUCAUCGUGUUUGUCAUUGCAUUCUCAUCAAUGAUGGGACCCAUGGCAACGUCUAUUGUCUAUCCUGCCAUUGAUCCCAUCAAAGAAGAUUACAAGACUACUUCGAUCAUGGUCAACGUAUCAGUCGGUGUUUACCAGAUCAGCUUAGGUGUUUUCCCACUAUGGUGGUCUUCUAUAUCUGAAAUGAACGGGAGGAGGACGGUCUAUGUCCUUUCAUUUCUUCUUUUACUAGCAUUCAACGUGGGGACCGGUUUGUCGCCCAACAUUAACGAUUUUAUCAUUUUAAGAGUUUUAUCUGGUGGUGCUGCUGCAUCAGUGCAGUCUGUGGGAGCGGGGACUGUUGCUGAUUUGUACGUUCCAGAGGAAAGAGGUACAAACAUCGGUAUUUACUAUAUGGGUCCGCUAAUGGCACCAUUAGUCUCCCCCAUCAUCGGUGCUGCGUUGGUCUCGGGCUUUCCAUGGAAAUCCACGCAGUGGUUUAUGGUGAUUCUGUCUGGUGUCAAUGUCAUCCUGCUGGUACUUUUCCUACCAGAAACGCUUCGUAAACAGGACAGCGGCGCUGCAAUAACGGCUAUUCUACAGGCUCGUAGGAAAGGUUCGCCCGGUGUUAAUGCGAAUCAGACAGAGGACAAGAGCGGAUACCAAACUCAAUAUAACGAAGAUACGCACAGCAUUAGUGAUCCUUCAAUAGCAACUCAUGAACACGGUAAUGAUGCUGAUUUAGAAAGGGUAUUGAGUCGGACCAGUAACAGCAUGACCCGAUUCAACAGUAAUAAUGACCUGGAUCCAAUUGCACCACAACUUUCAAAGAUCCACUCCUAUGAUCCGCGACAAGAACAGAUGUUGAGAGAGUACGAGGCAAAGAGGGUGGAAAACAACUUAGAGGAGGAACUGUCCCGUAUGGAAACCGCUAAAUCCAACCAUACCGCUCGGAGCGAUGGUGAUAAAAUCGAACAAACGAGAUUUCAAAAGUAUCGUCACCUGGCAUAUUUGUAUUUGAUAAGACCUCUCAAAUCGUUAUACUUUUUGGAGUACCCACCUGUCCUUUUGGCCAUUACGUUUUCGGCAAUUUCAUUCGCCGUCUUAUAUUUUGUCAAUAUGACUUUAGAAUACGGCUAUUCUCGUCCUCCCUACAAUUUUUCACCAAUGCUUAUAGGUCUGAUGUACAUUCCCAAUUCCGUCACAUAUCUGUUAGCAUCCGUCUUUGGCGGUAUGUGGACAGAUAAUCUGCUGUUAAAGUACAAGGCUAAACAUGGGGAAAUGGUACCGGAGGCCAGAAUUUCGUGGAACAUCGUUACUGCAGUCAUAGCUUUCCCCAUAUCCUUACUAAUUUUUGGUUGGUGUCUUGAUAAAGGUGAACAUUGGGAAACUCCGCUCGUGGGUACAGCUCUCUUUGGUUAUGCCAACAUGAUGACUAUUGGCGCUACAGUAUCAUAUCUGGUCGAUUCUCUCCCGGGCAAAGGUGCUACCGGUGUGGCUCUCAACAAUCUAGUUAGACAAGUGCUGGCAGCAGCAGCAGUGUUCGUGACAGACCCCAUGCUGGACAAUAUGACCAUUGGUUGGUCCUUCACUAUGUUGGCAUUCAUCAUUAUCGGUGCGACGAGCGUGCUGGUCGUUCUGAAAAAAUACGGUGACCACUGGAGGGAAAAUUUCGACUUGGAACGUUUGUAUAAUAAAUUGGAAUGA